AUGAGUGACAAAUUGAAUCGCCCAAAGGUAUUUUUUGAUAUUUCCGCUAACGGAAAGCCAAAAGGACGUGUUGUGUUUGAAUUAUACAACGAUGUAGUUCCAAAAACGACUGAAAAUUUUAGAGCAUUAUGUACUGGGGAAAAGGGAGCCUCAGAAAGCUCAGGAAAACCACUUCAUUAUAAAGGAUCUAUCUUCCACCGUAUUAUUAAAGAUUUUAUGUGCCAAGGUGGUGAUUUUACCCACGGAUCAGGAAUUGGGGGUGAAUCAAUAUACGGAGAGAAAUUCGAAGAUGAGAAUUUCCAAUUGACCCAUGACAAGCCGUUCUUAUUAUCUAUGGCUAAUGCGGGACCAAAUACAAACGGGUCUCAAUUUUUCAUUACAACGGUGCCAACUCCACAUUUGAAUGGUAAGCAUGUGGUAUUUGGUGAAGUAGUACAAGGUAAAUCUAUUGUACGUCAACUUGAAAGAUGCGACAAGGGCGACAACGAUAAACCAGUCGAAGAUUGGAUAAUCUCUGACUGUGGCGAAUUACCAUCUGACUAUGUACCAGCUGCAUCAAGUGUGGACGAUGGUACCGGAGAUAUCUACGAAGAAGUUAUGGCAGACGAUGACAAUAUUAACGUCAACGACCCAGACUCAGUCUUUAAAGCCGUCACCACUUUGAAGGAUAUUGGAACCAAACAAUUAAAAGAGGGAAACUCCGAAGUUGCAUACACAAAGUACAAUAAAGCCUCUGGCUUCUUAAACGAUUACUUUCCUGAAGACUUGUCCGAGGAAAACUUGACUAAAUUGCACGCUUUAAAAUUGUCAUGCUACUUAAACGCUGCUUUGGUCGCCUUAAAAUUGAAGGACGGUAAGAAAGCUAUCAACGCAGCAUCUAAUGCAUUAGAAGUUGAAGUCAUUGACGAUAAAUCCAAGGCAAAGGCCUUGUACCGUAAGGGUAUGGGUUAUUUACUUGCAAAAGACGAAGAAUCGGCCCAAAAGUCCUUGGAAGAAGCUUUAGCUUUGUCUCCUGGUGAUGCUGCUAUUUUAAAAGGUUUACAAGAGGUCAAAACUACCAUUAAAGUCCGUCGUGAUAAACAAAAGAAAGCUAUGUCCAAAUUCUUCUCUUAA